CGUACAUGUGUAUCCACCCAGCAAGACGUAACUUCAACUCUCAUCAUUCCACAGUUGCAGUCCGUAAUCGGAAAUGAUGUCAACUUUUGCCACCAUCACAACACUGUUUGUGCUGUCGAAUGCUCAGUCAUGGGUGCCCUCUGGCGAUCUUCCCGUGGACUUCACUGUGACGUUCUCAGCCCCAGAAAUGGUUUAUGACGUGUGUAAUCGUGAUUUUAGCCAAAGUGCCCGGAACAUUACUGUCGCCACCACGGGAGUCCCGGUAACUCCAGGUGAGACAGCGAUGAAUCCGACCGCCAUGACGAUUAAAGGUGCAUCGUCAGGUGACAUGUUCACCAUCUUAAUGGUAGACCCAGACACCCCCUAUGAUUAUGUCAGCACGGAUGAAAAGCCACUGCUCCACAUGCUCAUCACAAACAUAACGAAUGCAGACGCGAGUACAGGAGCGGUCAUUGACCCGUACCGAGGACCCAUGCCCCCGCCCUGCUCGGGUGACCACACCUACCACUACCUCCUGCUCAGACAGACCGCCGACUUGUCUCUGACCGCCGAUGACCUCCCACGGUAUACCCCGGAGUGCAACUUUACUCGCCUCGCUAACCGAUGCCUUUUUGAAGUGGCAAACUUCAUUUCUUCCAACCAACUGACCACGGUCGGUUACGUCACCAUGGUAGGAGCUACAGAUGGAUAUGUCCGUUACAACUACGUUAACAACAGAGGAAUGAGCGAAGCAGAUUCUUGCCGAGGACUUGAUGGGUACGAUCCGUGCCCAACUGCGCCCCCUGGCAGCAGUAGUGAGAAAGUCAUGGUGUCGCUGUCUACUGUCAUGGCGUCCGCCUGGUGUCUGAUGUUUAGCUUUAUCGUAAACUAGAAUAAGGACCUAGGGCUUAAUAGUUGCCAUGACGAAAUAAACGUGGCAAAUUUGUUAUUACCUACGUAAAAAUUGGGAAAUUUGUUCUCCUGUGUGUUCGUAGUUUUUUUUUACAUACGGAAUAUCAUAGAUUGACAUGAUGUAACUUGUAAGACGUUUAUUUUGAUUUGUAAAACCAACCUCGCUGUUUGCCAUAUUGGUUUUCCUUACAUUUAAAUAAAGAUACUUACAUGAUUGUAAAUCUUUAAAAAAACGUAUAAACGGUUGUCAUUGAUUUA